AUGGAAGUGCAACCAUGCUGCAAUUUAGGGUCGCAUCGUUUUGAGAAAUUCUCAACCUGGAGUAAACUCACUCAGGCAAUAUUGCUGAUUCAGAAAGUUGUUAGAUGGAACUUACUACACAAACGUAGAAAUGGAGAGGACAAAAAUCCACUUACCUUGAGAGCUGCUGAACUUCUGAUCAUUCACGUCAUUCAACAUGAGGCUUUCCUGGAUGAGAUUAUCGCCUUAAAAUCUGGACAGACUGUGCUUAAAAUGAGUCCCAUUUACGACCUCGACCCUUACCUUGACGACACUGGAUUAUUGAGAAUUGGAGGAAGACUUCGCCGUUCGAACCUGACCACCCAGGAAAAGAAUCCAAUCAUUAUUCUCAAGAAGAGUCACGUUGCAACUCUGCUCAUAGAUCAUUUUCACAAAGAAGUAAAACAUCAGGGUCGUUUGUUCACAGAGGGUGCAAUACAUAGUGCGGGGUAUUGGAUCAUCGGGUGUCGUCGUCAAGUGAACUCUUACUUGCGAAGGUGUGUGAUCUGUAAGAAACUUAGAGGAAAACAGCAGCAACCUAAAAUGGCCGACCUUGCGGAAGUUCGUCUUCAACCUGCCCCACCAUUUUCAUUUGUUGGAGUAGAUGUUUUCGGACCCUGGGGUGUAGUUACUAGAAAUACCAGAGGAGUGAAGGCGCAAGCUAAAAGAUGGGCAGUUAUAUUUACCUGUUUGGUCAUUCGAGCGGUUCAUAUUGAGGUGUUAGAAGAGAUGAGCUCUUCUAGUUUUGUUAACGCAUUACGCCGUUUUGUUGCACUGAGAGGAGAAGUACGGGUGAUAUGCUCAGACUGUGGAACCAACUUUGUUGGAGCUGUGAAGGAACUGAAUGCUAGUGUUAUUGAUGUAAAUGAUAACAUUCUCUCUAAUUUCAUGAAGAGAAAGGGAAUUCAGUGGAAGUUCAAUCCCCCACAUGCAUCUCAUAUGGGCGGAUCUUGGGAGCGAUUAAUUGGCGUUGCGAGGAAGAUCUUGAACUCUCUGCUCCUGGAUGCCAAAGUCACACGCCUUACUCAUGAAGUACUGGUAACUCUAAUGGCUGAGGUAACUUCCAUCAUUAACGCUCGUCCACUGGCUGGAAUCUUCUAUGAUCCUUAG